GUUAUUAUAGAUAUGAAUUGAUAUGACUUGAUAGAUUUGAUUGAUAUGAAUAUUGUAAUUUUCAAUCACCAAUGUUUGCAUUUUUGCAGGAGAAUGGGUCGCCUGCAACCGAAGACUCUAAAGCUGAUGGCGUUGAAGUCAAGACUGAAACCGUAGAAUCCAAAACAUCAGAGCCCAAGGCCAAGAAGGCCAAAAAAUCCACCUCAAUCAAUGGCAAGCUAAAAAAGAGAACAGCUUCGGAUCCAGAAAGGAAGUCUUCUCGAGUUCCUCCAAAAAGAGAGGUCUUCGAGUCGGAGGUCAGCGAACCAAAGAAAAGGAAGAAGUCAAAGCCUUCGAAGGAGUAUGAGGUUGAGAAGCUGAUAAAAUCAAGAGUGUUCAAGGGUAAAACCGAGUAUCUUGUGAGAUGGAAAGGUUACAGCCCAAGAAGUGAUUCUUGGGAACCCGCCAAAAAUCUGUCCUGCGACGCUCUCAUUGAAAAGCUUUCCGACGAACCUGCUCCAAAAAAGAAGAAGACUUCGAUCAAGCCCAAGAAGUCUCCCAAGAAGAAGAAGGAGGUUGUGGCCAAGAAGGCCAAGUAAAAAAAAUAAGUAAAAAUACCAUGGAAAAUGAGAGCAACUUGAAGAUGUGAUUGAACGAAGUUUGAUUGCGCACAGUUUUUAUAAUUUCUUUCAUUUUGAUUAUUUGACAAGUUGUUCGUUCAUUUGUAUCAAGUGACGAUAAUUAUUAUAAUUACAAUUUCUAGUUAUAAUAUUUAGUUUAGUAGGUGACUAUAAUAAUUAUUGUAACGUGCUCCUUCUACAUGUUGAUGAUUUCAUUCUAUAGAUGUUGGAUUAUGUAUGACUAGAUGUUGACAAAGCUGUGUGCAUUAGUAUCAUGUGAGCUACUAAAUAAAAUUAUCUCCAGAUGAGUAUCAUCAAAAUUUAAUUUUCGGUUGAUCGGAUGGAAAUUUCCAAUGUAUUUGAUAUUGGAAUUGAUGCAAGAAAGAUGUCUAUAAAAUAUUAUAUACUUUAUUGUUACCUAUGUGAUGCAUCCUUUGAUUUGCAUAUUCAUCUUAACUACAAUAUUGGAAGUAUGAUAUUUUUUAAGAUGACGACUAUUCAAAUUGAUGAAAUUUUUAUUCAUUGCGGUACAGGCUACAUAUAAAACUAUGUACUAUAUUAACUAUAUUAAUUUUAUUCUAUGUAACAGUAAAAGUCCAAGUAUCUUCAUCUCUUAUAUUUACAUUUGAUUCAGUUAACAAUUUUAUACUUCUUUGCGAUGGAUAUUCUAUAUUUAGUUUUUUUAGAAUUCGGAUUUUCCUGGCUUUUCUUGUUUUGAUAGUUAUUCACGUCAUGUAGAUGAUAGUUUUCCAAUAAAUAAGAACUUGAGGUUUUUGUAAUUGUUACAUGAAAAUGUCCAACAUAUUCUAGCUUUUAUUUGAAAUCUUGUUCAAAAGAAAUGUUGAAUUCGAUUAUUCACAUUAGAAAUUCCAUUGGUAUUUUCGUUUAGAACUGACAUCUCACAAAACAUAAUUCAGUACAAACUAAGACACCUCAAUUGCUCUACUCAAAGUUCUGUUCCAUCCUUUAUCAUAUAAUAUUAAUUAUGCGUGCAAUCAUCCCAGUUUAAUACUCAUAAACACGUUUUCCAAAUGUAUAAAGAUAUUGUGUGUUAUUUGUAAAAUUAUUAUUUGAGAUUCAAGAUUUAGUAAUAAAUGUACGCAUUUGCAUAAAUGUAAAAAA